UCGUGCAUGCAUAUGUAAUGAGCUUGAUUUGCGAGAAUUUUAUGUACAAUAGAAGAUCAUAAACCAGCAGGUCAUCUUUGUUGGCAUAUUUUAUUACAGGAAGCCCGACUUUCGAUUUAAUCUUCCCACCAACUGAAGAGAGGAAUAUUUUAUUUUGUUUGCAGUUCGAUGAACUCGUUACCAUGCUAAGUAAUCCGGUUUCAAUCGUCAUGUAUCAUAUCCACUUGCAAAUUUUGAUAGCUGGUUUCGUAGUUAUUUUGAACGUGGAUGCUGAAGUUCUGUUUCCCAAGGAUCAAUCAUUGGAUCUAGUCUUUCCACCAAGAAGUAGAAAGUCCGCUACCGGAUUACCAGACGGACAUUUACGACCUUUGGGAUGGCAAAGAACUCCACAAGGUAAAGUGAAGGAAUAUACUGAAGUAAUUGAUCCGAAAACUUUCUGGGAAACACAUGUCAAGUCAAAAACUCCUCUUGUUUUAAAAGACGGAUACAACCAAAGUGCUGAAAUUUUUACAACCUGGGAUGACAAUUAUUUGAAAUCAGAAUAUGGUGAAAUUAUGGUGGAUGUUACUACAAAAAAACCAGGAAGUGUAUUUGAACCUCAGCUGAUGAAAUUGAAGAAAUUUCUUAAAAGAUAUAAUAUGGAAGAUUGGUAUCUUGUCAGUCCAGUGCCAGAUGAAAUGCUGCAUGCAAUACCAGCUGUUCCAUCUCUACUCUGUGGAUCAUUCAAAAAGUUUUUGCAAGAAGUGGAGAUUUGGAUGAGCGCUGGAGGUACGAGCACAAAGCUUCAUUACGAUCCUGAUCAUAACAUGCACUGUCUUGUGAGUGGUAGAAAAGAUUUUAUUCUGUAUGAACCAGAGCAUGUCGAUAUUUUUGACUUUGAGCACGAUUACCAGGAAGGACGAGGAGAAUCUAAAAUAGAUCCAGAGAUGGUUAACAUGUAUGAACAUCCAAAGAUUUCAAAGACCCCUUGGACCUGGACAACAUUGAAACCAGGCGAUUGUGUAUUCAUUCCUGCAGGUCAUCUUCAUCAAGUGAGAUCAUACGGUAGGAGUCUGUCAUUUUCUACUUUAUGGACUCCACAAAAAGAGUUCAAUGACACUGGAUGUGCAGAAGCGGAUAUAGAACGAUACACAACAAUGAAUGAACUUUAUUUCAUGUGGAAACUUGAAGAUGGACAAAGAGUAAUCAAUUCGGAAAAUUUUACAUCGGAUCCGGAAAAACUUCGACACCAUUUAUAUUCCCUGCUAAGAGACGGUGAUAAAUUGAGAAGAGAAAGAUUUUUCAAAUAUUUCGACAAAGUAAGAAAUGAAGAGUCGAGAGAAAAACGCCAAACACCACAUGCGGCAUUCCGGCAAAUGGAUCUGAAAAAGAAGAAUUAUCUAACUGAAGAUGACAUCCGAAAGUUGGCGCCAAAACUAUUGGAGCGUGUCACAAAAAAAUAUAUUCGACCGGGAGAGGCAGACGAGAGCUAUGCGCACAGAGAUGAGUUGUAGCGACAAAAUGGCUACAAUCAAAAUUCAUGCAGAAUGCACAAUUUUUAUCAGUAUAUUAUUAGAGAAAAACAAUUUAUAGCUCUUACUCUCUUAUCCAAUCACUUAUUUUGUUUGAAAUCAAUCUCAACUCUACCAUUUCUAUCAACUUAAUGCAUUAAUU